ACAUGGCUCGGAAGUGCUUUCCACUCACUGAUCUCCUUCUGAACCUAAUUACCUUUGAACACAGGCACCAUGGAGAGGACUGUCUGACGGGAAAGUGAAUUUGCAGUAGCUGGGAAACUUUAAAGACACGUGGAUGAGUCCUUUUGAAGAGUUUCUACUGAGAUAGCAGCACCGUUUCCCAGCGCAGGAGGAGGAGGAGGGCAUCAUGAUCUCCACAGCUCUCCGCUGGCUGGUCCUGCUGUUCUUUAUCAUCCUGACCAUUGGCGGUAACGUGCUGGUUUGCUUGGCCGUCGGGCUCAGCCGCCGACUGUGGCGCAUUGCGAACUGCUUUGUCGUGUCGCUGGCGGUGACGGAUCUCCUGCUUGGCCUGCUGGUGAUGCCCUUGUCUGCCACUGUGGAGCUGCGCAGCGGGAAAUGGCCCCUCGGAGGAGCCCUGUGCAACAUCUACAUCUCAGUGGAUGUCAUGCUGUGUACAGCCUCCAUCCUGACCCUCCUGGCAAUCAGCGUGGACCGAUACCUGGCCAUCUCAGCUCCCCUCAGCCACUCCCGGAGAGUUACCCCUCUACGGGUGGCGCUGGUCAUCACCGCCAUCUGGACCUUGUCAGUAGCUGUGUCCUUCGUGCCCAUCCACCUGGGAUGGAACACAGCAGACUAUAGAGUGCAGCACUCGGACUGGGGCAUGGGAGACGAGGAGGAGGAGGGACGCUACUGCCAGUUCGAAUGGAAUAACAACUAUGUUCUUAUUUAUACCUUUGGCUCAUUUUACCUGCCUCUGGUGCUUAUGUGUGGAAUGUAUCUUUGCAUAUUCAGAGUGGCCCGAGAACAGGCGCGUCGUAUUCGUGCUACCACCCCGUCCUCCGCACGCACGGCGACUGCUGCUAUAGCCAGAGAGCACAAAGCCACAGUGACCCUGGCAGCUGUACUGGGCGCUUUUGUCAUCUGUUGGUUUCCCUACUUCACCUUCUUCACCUGCAAAGGCAUAAAGGAAAAGAUGAACCCCCCAAAUACACUUCACUCAAUAGUCCUGUGGAUGGGUUAUUUUAACUCAGCCCUUAAUCCCAUCCUGUAUCCAGCCUUCAACAGGGAUUUCCGCAAGGCCUACGGAGAGCUGCUGCGCUGCCGAGGGUCGUCUCGCAGAAAACUGCCGUUUACCCGCGCGUCCGUGCAUAAACGAUUGACCUUCACUAAUGGAAAAAAGGUCUCCAGACAAUCUGAGAAACAUAUAGACACAGUGAAGACAGAAACUGAGGAGAAGCGCAUCAGUCUGCUUGAGGGAAAUGGGUUCCCUAAUGAGCCAAGAUGAAAUGCUGUGGAUCCCGUUGCACUGAUGGACUGUAGUGCAGCAGUGAAAUAUUAUAAUUGCAAACUUGCUCAGCUGCUCACACUAACACAUUAGCUAACGAUUUACAGUAUAAGUUAAAAGUUUAGUGUCAAGUGCCAAAGAUUAUAAAAUUCACGGCACGAUACAGCGAUUGCUACAUAACUGCUUUGUUAGUGUACAAGAUCCAAAGUUCAAGUGCCUAAUUAAUAGGUUCACGUCAGUUUGGUAAUUAAUUUUACACUCAGAGAAGUUGGCAGUAUUGGGCCGUCUGUUUAACGGACUCUCGUCGGACAGCAGACAACGGUCUGCUUCGAACCAGAAUGGAGUAGAGCUGCCUGGACUGAAUGGAUGACUCAGUAAGUUUCCCAGCAAGCCGCAUGGAGACACAGGUGGUUAAAAGUUUGCAAAUUGUUUGUUUUUUCUUCCUUCAGUUCCAACAGGGGAAGUAAAUAAGUGACCAGCAGGUUGAUAUGAUGCGUACAAUAUGUGCACAUUUGACUUGACCCAAGCAGGACGACUAAAGGACUUCCUGGAUGUUUCAGCAGACGAACUGCAACCGAACAACACGUGCGUUUUAAAUUAAAAGUUGAGCUAUGGUGAAGACUGCUUGCAGUGAAGUGCAUUCUUUGAGUUUUCAUACUUUUUAAAGACUUUUUCAAGAGACAACAUUGUACCAAGUAAAAAGAAAAACAGCAUGAAGACUAUCUUGUUAAAUUAUAAUGACAACUUUGCUACCUAAUGCAUGUUACGAGACAACGAUGACAGACAAUGUGGAAUGUAACGACUUGACAAAUUGUGAAAAAUAACUUCAGGAUGAAAAAAUGGAAUUAAAGCGCACUGAUGGUUGUUA